AUGUUCGUACAUCUUCACGCCGAAGAUUGUAGUGCAGUAUUACCGUGCAUCCCCUCUACUGAAAGCAAGGCCGUACUUAGAGGAAUAAAAGGUAUACCUCAGUCAACCCAGGCUGAAAAAUAUAGUGCACUCAAAGCUGUAUGGCAAAGCGAGUGGAUAGAGGUGUGCGACUGCCCAGACUAUGGUGCUGGAGACUCACCUGUGCAUUGA